AUGACGCCCACUGGUCUGGUGACUGGUUCGAUGGCUUGCCUGCGAUAUUUCGGCAACGCCUUCCCUUUGAGUGGUUUGUACGGCAAUGGUAUCAAGGAGCGCGCGGAGGUCGAUAGCGCCUUGGACGCCAUCCACCUUGAGCUGGAGAUUCCGUCUAUUAUGUGCAAGAAGGGCAGCGUGGCCAAGGAGGCUGUGGAGCAGCAAGUUAGCCCGGUGUUAUCCCGAAUCGACUCGAAGAUGGGCAAGAGCGGCCACGUGGUGGGUAGCAAGUUGACGUUAGCAGAUUUGGCUCUCGCUGGCGCUGUACAGUUGAUGACAAAGGAGACUAUUGUGAAGACCGAAGGGCUCAAGAACAUCGCGAAGCUCUUGGACACUGUCCACAAGGUCGGCGAGAAGCCCGAACCGAAGGCUGGGAAGAAGGUCGAGGCGGCUGCCGAGAAUGUUGACGAGGAGAAGCCUGUGGAGAAACCCGCCGCCAAGCCGGUGAGACCCUCCUACAAGUACGACAUGGACGCCUGGAAGAGAUACUACUCCAACUGCAAGGACCUCCGCGGGGACGCCAUGAAGUACUUCUGGGAUAAGUACGACGAGGAGGAGUGCUCCCUGUGGAAGGUCAAGUACCUUCGCUACAACGACCAGGACAACGUGGAGGCCUUCAAAGCCUCCAACCUGCUCGGCAUGUUCUAUCAGCGCAUCGACAAUUACGUCCGCAAAAUCGGCUUUGCCGUGUGCGACAUUCUAAAGCGCGAUGGUUACUACGACAUCGAGGGCGUACUUUUCUGUCUCGGACACGACCUCCCUACCGAGCUGAAGGAACAUGACCAGUUCAGCUCCUUCACCUGGGAUAAGCUUACCAUGCCUGAAUGCAAGCAGCUCGUCGAGGACUACUUCUGCGAAGAAGACAAACUCGAAGGAGCCGAAAUCGCCGACUGCAAGGUCUACAAGUAA